AUGCAGUUCGAUCUCGACUUUUUUUCCAAAUACUCACUAAAAGGUAAUUUUAGAUUGGGAUUGUUUUACUGCCGUUUCAAUAACAUGAUGGGAAUCACUCCUAUAUGCGCCAGUGUGUUUACGAUGAUCGUGAUGAGCAUUGACAGGUAUUGGGCAAUCGUACAUCCAAUGCGUCGCCGACCAGGGAAAAGUGCGACGGUGGUUGUGAUCUGCCUGGUUUGGAUUUUUGCUUUUAUCUGUGGAAUUCCGGCUUUUCUCACGUCAAAGGCAAGUGCUAGAUACCUAUAUUGA